AUGACAACCAAUGAGCUGCAUGCGGAGAUCGAGACCGCCAAACAAAGGUUGCAAGCAGCAGAGGCGCGGUCUCGCGAAAUUGAGGAAGAAAUUCAGCAGGCCACGGAGCGGCAACAUUUGCGACGGGAGUUGGAACAGAUCCAGCAGAAGCUCCAUGAUCGUACAGAGAUGAACCAGGCGGACGAAGCAUACACAAGAGACAUCGACGCGGACGAGGAUGGCGACUUUCUAUCGUUCACGAGUUCCGGCCAAGCGGUCCCACAACAUCCCAAGAAAAGCAGUGUGCAUACGGUUGCGGAUGCGGAUAUGUGCACGAACUUCGGCCAUCAAAUCCUGAAAGGAGAGUUCAGAUGGAGGCUUCUUUCGAUGUCUUGGCUUCAGACAGCACUCUGCCAAGAAUCCCGUCCUUUUGCGGAAAGUGCCCUGUGCUGGAUAGACAGGCUCCCGUUCAAAUUUGUUUACAAUCCCUCCGGUGGCCCUCUCGGGACCUCAACCGAUGGCAAGAAGACUAUUUGCGGUUCCCUUGCCAUACGGUCAUUUGCUGCUCUUGAACAGCAGGAGCCCUUCGCAUUGCGCUACAGCAUUUACGUCAGAAGGAAUAACGGGGACUUUGUCCAGUGGGGUUCUACACGCGAUGACAUCAACACCAGUCUGCUUUAUUGUGGAAAUCAUGGACCGGAUGUGCAUCCACAAGGAUCCCCUCCAGAGGCGAUCGGAAUCUUUGGCCUGACGCAUGAACAGCUUCUGCAAUCAGAAUGGGUGCAUGAUGACACUUUGACCUUGAAGUUCGUUUUGGAAGUCCGCUGUCGUGGAAUCACUCACGCAGAUCUCGUGGCUGUAGAUGUACCAGAGCCGUCUCUGCAUCGGGAUGCACAGGCUCUGUUCGAGGAAGCCAGCUCGAGCGAUGUACGUUUCAGGGUGGAAGAUCAAGUUAUCCACGCGCACUCCCAAGUUCUCUGUGCGAGAUCGGAGGUGCUCAAGAAGCAGCUGAACUCGGGCAUGCAGGAGUCCAAGUCCAAGGUGAUCGUGAUCGAAGACUGCGUUGCGGCCACCUUCAAAGCCUUCCUAAAGUUCCUUUACACUGACACGCUACCCACCGUUGCGGACCUGGCAGAAGAGCCAUCGAGUCAAACUUUGAAAGAAGACGGCAGUCGGCAUCCUUCGCAGAUGGAGGCAUUGUGGGCCGUCAGUCACAAGUAUCAGGUAGAACGGCUUCAGCGUUGGUGCGAAGCGCAGCUCUGCAACCAGCUCAGCGCAGAGCGGGUCUGCAGCGUCCUUCGCCAGGCACAUGUCUUCGAGGCCACACAGCUCGAGAAGGUUUGUCUCGCCUACAUCAAAGACAACUUCGCAGAGGUGCUCAAGCUUCAGGCCUACAGUGAUCUCAUGAGCAAAUGGCCUGAGGUUGCGCUCAAGGUUCAACUCUUUUCUACCGGGGUGCCAGAAAGCGAGGCAGCUGCAAUCGUGCAGGCUCGCAAGGUACGAAAGUUGGAGGAUGGAGUGGUCGACAGUGAGCUGGAACGCCGAGCAGAACGGAAGGAGGUCUCAGGGGAGGAUGAGGAUGAUCACUCGAAGGAGAUCGAGAUCAAGCCCACCAUGGAGGAGCUUUCGGAGAAGUAUGGCAUGGCCCGGGCGCGUCUCGACUUCUUCCACGACCUGUUCCAGAGCUUCCUGCCGCCCAACAAGGAUGGCAGUCCGGGGAUCUGCGGCUAUCCCGAAAAUCCUGCCACCCUGAACAAGAAGACCAUGUUCCUGAUGCUCAAAGAGAUUAACCCAAGCUUACAGGAGGCAGAGUUCGAAGCACGCUUCCGACGAAUCGACGGCGACGGAAGCGGUUUGAUCGAAUUCGACGAGUUUGUUCAAUGGGUCUACGAUGACGAGGUCGAAGUCGUUGGCGGCGCAGAGAAGGUUAAGCGCACCUUCGAGGAGCUGGCCGGCGACAUGGAUGUCAGCAUCAGGCUCAUAGAGUAUUGCUACGACUGCUUCAAGGAGGAGCUGGACUCCGGAACUGUGGACAACUACCCCACCGAAUGUGCAACGCUCCCCAAAGAGCAAGCUUGCACGCUGGCACAGAUCCUGGUCACCACCCUUGACAAGAAGCGUUUCGACAGGUACUGGGACACAGUGGACGUACAGAACAAGGGCGCAGUCACCUUCGACGACUUUCUGGAGCUGCUGGAUUUCGAGGACAUGCCCGAGGAUGUCCUUGCGAAGUACAACGACAAUGAGGACUGA